AAUGAAUGGAAACUGAAAUUAGCUUUUUGGUCUUAAUUUAAGGUUAGGGUUAUUUAUAAGGUUAGCAGUGUGGUUAGGUUUAACAUCUGAUUUUAUGAAGAUCAAUUAUAGAAAUAGGCGGGGUUUAUCCAUAAUAAUGACUUUGUGGCUGUGGUAACUUGCAGUUUGGGAGAGCUGAGCAAACAGCUAGCAAGGCAACUAAAAUGUCUUGAUUACAAAUAGUCGCUUUGUGAAAUAUAAUUAGACGACUUGUUACAUAGAUGAAACGCGUUGAUAUUUAGCUCCUCUUGUGUCAACAUCGUGAUAGUUUUCGCUAGUUAUUGUUGAAUGAUUUGUGACAUUGUCUAACGUUAAAGAGCUAGCAAGCCCAGCUAGAUGCUAUAGUACUCUGGGGAGACGUGCUAGCUAAUAUUAGCUGAACGUGGAGGCCGGACAAUCCAUCGUUCUUUAGUUUAGAUUGCUAGCUAAAUGAGCGUUUCAAAUUAUUUCAACGAUUUGCUUGUUACUAUGGUACAGUUUUCAUUAUAACUUAUAUAUAUUUUGGGGCAGGGAAAAAACGUUAUUUAUUAUCUUUCAUCGCGCAGCAAUUCUAUUUUGUAUUAGUCCUGUUGCAGCCACUGAGGUAUAAUUAGGACGUUUGUAUCUGGAAGACAAGAGUCGCACAGUCAUGUAACUGUAAUGCAGUGUAUGCAGAAUUCCCGGGUGAUGAUGUCUUGCUACAGUUUGUACGCCAGACAUGUGAUAACUGUUUCCUUUACUGGGCGUUACAGAAAUUGAACGAAGGCCGUAUCGCCAAAAGCAGGAGGUGUCUAACUGAUCCAGUGCCAGCCCCCCUGAAGUAACACCAGACUGCCUUGAAGUGUUAAGAAAACCCAGCAAGACACAGCCAUGUUGGAGGAGGACAUGGAAGUGGCCAUCAAGGUGGUGGUGGUGGGCAAUGGUGCGGUGGGGAAGUCCAGCAUGAUCCAGCGCUACUGCAAGGGCAUCUUCACCAAGGACUACAAGAAGACCAUCGGUGUGGACUUCCUGGAGAGGCAGAUACUAGUGAAUGAUGAAGAUGUGAGAUUGAUGUUGUGGGACACAGCAGGGCAGGAAGAGUUUGAUGCCAUCACCAAGGCCUACUACCGCGGUGCCCAGGCGUGUGUUCUGGUCUUCUCCACUACCGACAGGGAGUCGUUCGAGGCGGUCGGCAGCUGGUGGGAGAAGGUGGAGCUAGAGGUGGGAGACAUCCCCACUGUCCUAGUGCAGAACAAGAUUGACCUUCUGGAUGACACGAUGAUCAAAAAUGAGGAGGCAGAAGGUCUGGCCAAGAAGCUCAAGUUGAGGUUUUACAGAACCUCUGUAAAGGAGGACCUCAAUGUCAAUGAAGUUUUCAAAUACCUAGCAGAUAAGUAUCUGCAGCGACUCAAGCGGCAAACAGCAGAGGAGCCCGAGGCAGUGCAUACAGCAGGCAAUAAAAUUGGCGUUUUCAACACCACAAGUAGUAACCUAUCUAGUCAGAACUCCAGCAAUGGCCGUGAAAUCAUCAGCUUGCGGCCCAACAAACAGAGGACCAAGAAGAGCAAAAACCUCUUCAGUAGCUGCAGCCUUCUUUAGAAUCAAUCCAUUCCCUUCAAUACUGUAAGUUUUGACUGCCAUAUGUGAGGGAAAGAGUCUUGAUUGAUGAAUGAUUGUGUAUUAUAGGGGUAGAUUCUUUCACAGACCAAAGUCUGCAUAGGAUACGGUAUGUUAUAUCAAUUUGAGCUCAACCUAGAUCUAAUCUGCACCUGCGCAUUGUGCCUAUCAUGACGUUGAGCAUCUUUCCAGAUCCAGUCCAGCCUUUGAUUUGCAUGGAUAGAUGUGAGAUCUAAAGCACCAGUAUGGUGAAAGUAACAAUAGUCCUGGUGGCUGCAAUGGAUACCAAAACCUAUGUUGUAGCAUGAAUGGAAUUCUUGAAGCUUAUCUUUUGGGAAAUUGGGGUUGGGCGUUGCAGGGUUUUCCCCAUUUACACCCUUCAACAUGUUGUAGGGAAGGGUUACAUUCUAGUUCACUAACAAGGCAUCUUUGUAUGUUCAUAUGUGAUUUUUACAGAUUACCAUUUGUGCAUUUGACUGUUCAUCUGUGCAAUAUGUUUAUUGUAAGAGAUAUACUGAUUAUUUUGUACCAUAUUUUGUUUAAAUUUUAAUGGAAUAUGGUUCAAUCUAUGCUGUAUAUUGUGGAUAAAGACUUGGACAUAAUUGUUCAUUGUUUUCUGAAAGGUAUUUUUAUAUGAAUUUUAAGUGUUUAACAAAUGUUGGCAGAAAAUGAGUUGCCUAAAACUUAACAUAGUGCCAAAUAGUUUCUUAACUUCCUUUUAUUGUUGUAAGAAAUGUACAUAUUUUAAAGUGAGGUAGGAGUGAUUGGUAGUUGUAUGAGAAUACUGAAUUACAACAAAGACCAAUAGAAUGUGCUCUUAUAUUACCAAAUACAAUUUGAGAUUCGCACAAUAAGCUCUCUACUUGAGUCACAAAAUUAUAAAAUGUACUGAUCUUAUAGAAUGGAUGAGCCAGUGAAGAGUGUUUUGUUACACAGACAAUACCAAUCAAUAUAUCUCUCUUUAUCUGGUUAGCACAAACAGGUGUUUCAUAGGAUACUAGAAAUCACAAUUGUUUACAUGUUACAUAUUGCAGCAUUUAAAUCAUAUGCAGUUGAAGUUGGACGUUUACAUAUGAAGUUGGAGUCAUUAAAACUCGUUUUUCAACCA